CAUGAAGUGGCGAUCUACACACUCGCAUGUGGUGAAAUAUGUCCGUGGACGGCCAUUCGGGAGAGACCCCUUGACUCUUUUUUGGUGGACUCCAUUACUUGAGAGGCUCAAAUUUGAACAUUUGAAGGAAGCCUUGAUCUCAGGGACUCAAUGCAUGAGUGGAGGCUGUUGGACGGAGACUCAGGAGGGACCGAAUGGUGCUGUAGAGACGCCGCCAGGAAGUUUGGGGACUCUCGGGAGCGACUCCUGCUCUCCGCGCCUCGAGCCGAAGACUGACGGACUGUCAACGACUGACCAAGAAGAAAGAGCCUCUGGGGUUGUGUAGAUAUCCGAAAAGAAGGCAGUGCUCACAUUUACGCAUACCGAUGCACACCGGGGGACGUCACUAGCCUCCUUCUCGCCCAAUAUGAAGGCAGGGUCGCCAAAUCGAAAUUGAGACGAACGGCGAACGGGCCAGCCUUUUCUUCCACACCCGUUGAGGUGUCUGUUCCCACUUGGACUUUGCCGUCGUCUCAUGGACCAGUUUGCGUUACGCGCAACUCGCUUGGCCUCAUCACACGCGCAUGCAUAUGCCAGCACAGAGUUCUCGAUAUAGGAUGAUGAGACACUCUACAGCUGCAUCGUCGGUCAUACGUCUUCCCUUGUCGCAAUACGAUCCUGUGGCUAUCCCUACACAAUCGCACAAGCAUAUAUAUAUAUAUGUAUAUAUAUGUAUAUAUAUGUAUAUAUAUGUGUAUAUAUGUGUAUAUAUGUGUAUAUAUAUGUGUAUAUAUAUAUAUGUAUAUAUAUGUGUAUAUAUGCAUAUAUGUACGUAUGUCUGCCUCCGUCCUGUGCACAUAAUGGCACGUGCGUGGAUUUGAGAGAGACGAGGGACUGCGAGGGGAGCGUUGUGGUUUUAGACUUUCCGUUCCUCGCUGCAAGGGUCGAACGCGAUGUUUGUCAACGAGGGAUUGGAAUGUUUUCGGAGGGAAUUUGGCCCGGCGACAGAGACACGGGGAGGUGGAGGGACGGAGCAGCGUCUGUCUCGCCAUCUGGGUGUCACUGCAUCGUCUCCAAAUUCUCAGCGAGACAGAAAGUAGUAUUACACUGCAUUCGCGUCUCUGCCAAGAAGUUUCUCCCGUCCGAAAGAACCUGAAUCUGUGGCAUGGAGCGUGUAGGGGAGGAGGAGCCGUGAGAAGACUCGAGGCCUCAAGGCUCUCUUGACUUUCGUUGCGAGUCACGUCGGCAGUCCUUUUGUCCGUCGUGCAUUUGUCGCUUUUUAUGCGCGCUGUCUGUCUUCUUGGUGCGUCUAAAGAGGCGUUGUUUCUCCGGGAGGGUCGUUCGGUGACACUGGAUGCGACGGCUUUGUGCAUGGAAUCGGCGCUUUCGCCGCCCGUUUUCUUGUAUCGCGUUGCCCCGUUUCGACCUUAAAGUGUGCCAUGUAGCUUUUUCUUAACUUCUGGAAGGAAAAUGCUUCGAGCAGACAGGCGUCGCGAGGAUGCUUGCUCUGGCGGUGGCGGUCCACUACAGAGAGAGGGGCAAGACUCAGUUUCUCUCGAACGGUUUUCCUGGCUGGGGGGCUGCCCUGUUGAGCGACGGGAAGAGGCGCCUUGCGGUGUUGUGUGCACAGCCUCACCAGCAGAUGCAGAGAAAAGAGCAGCGCGCGGCUGACUUUACAAAAGUUCAUUUUCCUGGAAAGAAGCUGGUUCGAGAUGGCAGCCUUCUCCGAACGCUAAUGCGGUCAGAGGAACAUCUGCGCUUGUUUUUUUUCCAUUUACCCCCAACGUGCUUAUCCGACUCGGCAAAUUGUCAGAAAAGGAACUGUACCUUACUCGACCCUUCCCAGCCUUCAUGUGAGGCAUUUCUCCGAGACUUGCAGUGGAAGUCGUUAUCUAUGGUAUGAGCAUUCUCUCGCGGCGGUGCUGCAGACCAAUCAGAACAUGUUCCUUCUCCUUCCUUAACACAGUAAUGUCCACUCAGCCUCUGUCCCGCCACAGCAGCUCUGUACCUUUCAGGGAGACUCAGUGACAUCACUUUAGGGAAGAGAGCCUUACAGCUGUGUGCAUGCCGACAUCCACCAGAGACUGGUGUUUCCGCAUUUGCUUCCCACUCUAGGAUACAGAAGCACUUGCAGAUUAAUCAAAUAUUUAGAUGGGUACACGAAUAUGCGUGGUGCAUCUGUACCUGCUGUAGUUCGUGACGAUCCUGUGGUUUAACUUAAGAGAAGACGACGCCGGCGUCUCACACAGUCAAGUAAACAUCCACAAAAAAGCAGCGAGGACCAGGUGGAGGACGGUCAGUUGCGUUACAGACGGGCAUAGACUCACGAACCAACACUACGCUCCGAUGUGCCAGUGCUUUUUUUCAGGUCGGAAACCACGAAGCUCUGCGGGGAAUAACGCGGGAGAAAUGACUUUUGUUGAAAGAAAGUGCACGUUUCAUCAAACAAAUGACGCGCGAGAAACUACUGCGAGAUACAGAAUAGCUUUCUCGCCACUCUGCAGGAAUGUUUUCCAAAAAACGAGUCCUUGAAAACGCUUUGAGGUCCGGACACGAACCCCGGCAUUGUUCUCUCCGUUGCUGACACAACUGCAUUUGAAGGGUCUCUUCUAAAGUAUUUUCACCUUUCGCUUUCGCUCCGGAGUGAUUCGUCUUCCACUUUCGCCUCUUUCUUUUGCGCAAGUACUUCCGUUUUUUCUCUUCGGGGUCUCGAGCGAAAAGCCAGCUCCAUUAUUUAACAGGACCCGCUUGUGUAGAUGGGGUAACCGCGGAUCCGUUCUCCGACAGCUUUUCUUGGCGUUCUUCUGCAGCCGGAGAAGCAAAGACAUCUUCUGAUUGUCUAGCACAGAGCGUGAGGAAAAUUGAAACGCGCGAAAUGCGUCGUUUUACACUGCUUUCACAGGCGCAAGUUAUGCAUGCGCGCGGUAACGCGUGUUUCUCCCUCAUCUCUGACUCAACAGGAGCUCCGAAGGUGCUCGACGCUCUCCGCUGUCGCGACUUGUCAACGUUCUUCCACUGAUUUUUGGGCAGUUUCGAAGGAGGCCUGGACACUCCAUUUUUCUGCCUUUCUCUUUUUAGCGACUGCUCUUCCUUCCUCCCCACUGCCUUUCGGCGACCUCCCGGCUGGUCUCUCUGCCGUAGAGGGAGCGACAAGCCCCACAACUUUUGCCGGAUGGUGCGGGAAGCUUAUGCGAAAUUACAAGUAUAAAUUUCAAAGAUAAAGAUAAAGCUGAACAGGAGUACAGGCGCGAGAAGACGAAUGCUUCUGGAACUGCGGACUUCGGCAAGGGAGAACGCGAGAUCCAGAGUACCCUUGUAACAGGACAGCGCGCGCAUGCGGAGAAAACGGAAGAGAAAUUCGCAAACGCAAGCGUUUUGUCUCCUUUGUGAUUGCGUCUCCUCGUUUCUGGAAACUUCAGAGACGAAAUCGAUUUCACAGCAGCUCCCUCUGCUCCUUUGAGUUCUGUCGCUUCUUCCCUUGCUUCUCUUUCGUCUGGUUCGACCUCCAGCGCACAAUGGAGGCUGCUGGCGAAUGCGCUCCUUCUUCUUCUUCUUCUUCUUCUUCCUCUCCUACUUCCUCGUGCUGCGACGGCUCUGGGUCUUCGCCGCCUGCUGAAGGAGUCUCUGUACAGGCCGAACGCGCGACAGAUGCCGAGAUGCCGGAGGCUUCUUCUGGUCGUUCGUUUUCCACUUGUGAUGCUGCAUGCGCGUCUGCAUCAGAGAAGCAAGAAGUUGAGGGUACCGAGGAGCUGGCCGUCAUCAGAUCCCUUGGAAAAGCCCGCACAUCCUCUGUCAGCAGAGGCGAAUCUUCUUCAGAAGAGGAGAGCGAUGAAGAGGAGAUGUCUCCCGAACGGAGACACGCAGCGAAGAUGUCGGCUUUACAAGAAGCUCUGCAGAGAGACCUGGUCAUUGACGGAGAUGCAGAAAUCGACGACCUUCUCGUCGCUGCCCAUGUUGCUCAGAUCGAGAAUCAACUCCUAGAGGCGCAGCAGAAGGCAGGCAACUUGAGAAAUGAGACAAUGGAGAAGCUGCUUUCGUCGGGGAAGGGCGCUUCUCUGUCAGAGGCAGCCGAUGGCGAAACAGCGAGAGCCGAGAAGCAGGACGAGUCUGCGAUGAAAGACGAAGGAGAAGAAGAUGACGAAGACGAGGAGGACACAGACGACCAAGAAGUCCAAGCCCUUAUGAAAAAUGAGGAGCGCUUUCGCCAGAGGCUCCUGCCUCAUCCGGAAUCUACGCCGACUGUGGCAGAAGCUCUGAGGAGAGCGAAGACCGCUUUGAGCGCCUCGACAGCUUCAGCUUCCUCUGGGCCCCAGGGGGCGCAUGCAGAGAAUGCAACGCACGCAGAGGCGAGUGCAGGAGAGCCGAGGAUAGAGGGGAAGAAAGGAGCAGAGGACGCGAUCGGAAAAGAGGGGAAGGAAGACUACGCAGACAAAUUGAAGGGAUUGCUGGCCCUCAUUGGAAAGGAACCGGAGGAAGACGAAAUCGACGAAGAGGAAGAAGACGAAGGCAACGCGAAAGGAGAAGACGGAGACGCCCUCGGCAUGUGGACAGGCAUUGACCCAAUCGAGGUCGAGGGCUUGCCCGCCCAGGUCGCUCCCGACUGCGCUGUAAAGGCCUGCGGCGUCGUGCAUGCGCUGGUGGGCUCGAUGCUUGUCGUGAAGGGAGACGAGAACAGCAAUCCGAUGGAUCUCGGCUCCGUGGUUUGUCUGGAAGACAAAACCGUUCUGGGCGCCAUCGCCGACACCUUCGGUCCCGUCGCGGCGCCCUUCUACGUGGUUUGUCUCCCCGAGGAACCUCCAGAAUCUCGACAGAAGCAGCAGUCUUCCCCCGCUUCUCCCGCUUCGUCUCUCCGUUCUCGGCUUUCAGUGGGCCUGCGGGUCUACAGCGACGUGUUGCAUUCGUCUUUCCUGUUGGGGCAGCACGGCCAGGUGCCUGCGUACUUGAAGUCUCUGCACAGGCCGCGUCUGCACUACGCGAGCGGCGAGGAGGACAACAGCGAGGACGAGGACGACGAGGACGACGACCGCAUGUCGUGCGUCUCGGGUGCGUCCUCGCGGUCCGCCAGCUCUCAGCGCAGUCUGCGAGGGCGGGGCCGAGGUCUCUCUGCUCUGGGCUUCAGGAAGGACGGCGACCGGGCGUCACGAGCGUGUCUGAAGGAGACCUACGAAGAUGCCGGGAAAGAGAUUUCUCCCGAGGAAGAGGCGGCGCUCGAGCUGCAGAAACAGCAGCGCGAGCAGCAGCAGAAACUCCGCACUGAAGCGAUGCUGAGACAGUUUUCCCAGGCGCGGGGCGAGGGGCAGAAGCCUGCGAAGCCGGGCCUCUCGAGGGCCUCGGGCGGCCGUCCGCCCCCCGCCUGGGCGCCCCCUGUGGGGUGUGCAUCGAGGCCUGCGUUCGCCGUCCCGGCUCCCGGUGGGGCCCGUGGAGCCCAACGGAGGUCGGAGGCCAUAGCGGAGCCGCGAGGCGGUGACCGGCGACGCAGCGGAUACCAGGGACCUGCCGGAGGCGAGGCUGUGGGAGGGGCGAGGUGUGGGGCAGGUCAAGAGAAAACAAGAGGAGGCGCGGGAUCGACUGGCAUGCAUGCGCAGGCGUCAUCCGUCCCCCCGCCGCCCUCGGGCCCCGAGGCGAUGGGCGCCGUGCGGGCCAACUGCCCCUUGGUGGGGGGUGAAGCUCAACACACGGGUGCGGCCUUGCCCUCUGGAUCUCUCGCCUCGCCCUGUCACCCGCAGCACCCGCAGCCUCCUGCGUCGUGCCAUGCCGCCGGUGCAGAGGCGCCACAGGGCUCCUUUGCCUUAGGCGCUGUUCCCCACUCACCCUCGGGGACUCACAUGCCGCGCCCGCAUCCGCCUCCCUCGCACCUUCACACAGGCUGCUGCCACCGGCCACAGACGGCAGGGCCCGGGUGCGGCGCGCCUUCGUUUUCCUGUGUGCAUGCGUGCGCAUGCACUCAGACUCAUGUGCCUGGCGGGGGCGCAUGCAGUUACCCCGGCGCGCCAGGCGUGGGGUGUACGGGCUACGCGGCAGGAACAAACGCGUCUGCAUGCAGUCCGGGGCUCCCUGCCUUCCCUCACGGCUCGCCGCCCACUUCUGGAUUUGGACUCGGCGUUUCGCAUGCACUUGGUGCCGGGGGGCCAGGUGCGCCCGGGCAGUUCCACUGUCCCCUCGCGACAUCGGGUGUCUCGACACCCCACCAUGGAAGCGCGGCGUGUCUAGGCCCUUCGUUUGGGCAGCCCCACGGGUGGGCAGCCGCUUCCGCGACCCAGAGAUGUUUCUCUCACUCGCACGGAGAACCGGGGAAGGCGGAGGCGAACCGCGGCACUGCCGCUGUCUCUUCAGUCCCUCCCUGGGCGCGGACCUGCGGCCAACCUGCCCCUCCGGCUUCAGGGGCAUAUACACCUCACGGCACAAGUCACCCUCCGCCUUCCAGUUCUGCCUUCCCUGCGACCGGCCAAGGCGUGAGGCCGCCUCCCCCUCCUCCUGCCUUUCGGUAGAGCAGCAGAGAGGGUCGUGAAGGACACAAGUAGAAAAGGAAGCAGAAGAAAAAGCGAAAACUACCAACAAGACAGCAAGGGCGGCGGGUGCAGGAUCGCGCGUUGCGAAGCAGUGGAACGAAAGGUUUGGAAUCUGUGGCAAAGCGACUCAGCGAAGAUGCGCAUGCAUACACAUGCUUUUUUAGAGGCGGGUCCGCGUCCGCGGGGCGUGCUUCCAGAGGGAAAAGGAAUCUACUGCUACUGUUGAGACUCUUCUUAUUCUUCUCUUCGGCACUCGUUUGUCAAGGACCACCCGUUCCAAACUGAAAAUCCUGCUUCCUCGAGAGAAGCCGAAGUUUCGCGACGCUCGCGGAAGUGAAGGAAUCUC